UCCUGUUGUGUGUAGAAUCUAUGUUUAUUCUGCUACACUCAAGGUAAGAAACCUGUACGAUUGAGAGAUGCUAUUUUAUAUUCAAGCUCACGUACACACCUUGCGGUAUGUUGACGAUGGGCGUCAUUGAUUGAGUAAACCAUCCAAUCCAUCACAAGUGGUAGGCACUCUUGUUUCAGCAUUCAUACCCUCCGGACCUAUGGAAGAGGCAACAAGCGAUCGUUCGAGAGGUUUUAUGAUCGAAGACAUUCUCGGUGUCCCUAUGAGCAAGGAUGACUCGGAGUCAGCCAACGAAGCUGGAUGUGGAUCUCCGUCUUGUAAUGAAGCUACGCAGGAUGCUAACAUAUACGAAAGGUCGAGACAAAAUCGGACGAAGAAACCUAGAACGACGUUCACCGACGAGCAACUGUUUGAGCUAGAGAGGCAGUUUCUCAGAAACAAGUACCUGUCUGCGGAAGAACGACAACUGCUCGCUGACGGACUCGGUUUGACUGAUGCCCAAGUGAAGACUUGGUUUCAGAAUCGUCGAAUGAAAUUGAAGCGACAACUCGAAAGUAUGGGCUGCACGGCACCGGGAGCGGAAUGGCGAGACGAGCGUUUCUACUGCGGUACGUUGCGUGCGUCUCGAGACAUUCGUCGAAACGGCUCUCUGCCCUGUCUCAAGGACAUAGAACCAUUGCUAGCGACGUCGACGCGAGGUGUGUCCAGACUACACUACUCGGCACCGUACAGACUUGCGAUACCCUACUCCAGAUACUUUGGUCUACACAGACAGGGUGUCGUUUGGGACGCGACUGCACCUUACUAGCAGUCUUUCAUUCAGAAAGUUUUGUAUAAAUAUACCGUAUAUUUAUUGCGCGUUUUAGAUCGAUAUUCACACUUAUUGGUAUUCUCAGUGUUAUAACGAGGCUAUGACAAGCUGUCUGUCGAUUGGAUAUUAGUUGCACACUAUCCGGUCAUUAUGCUACUACUUGAGCACGAAACCUCAUUUUCACAAGAACGCAUGAGACUUGAUACGAAGCCAUACGCGAUAUAGCUGUGAUUCUGAAUGAGUAGAAAGCAGAUUCGAUUAUGCUGGGUAUGACGCACGGAAGAAGUGUAGCAAGAGCAGCCACGCUUACAAGGUGGUCAAAGAGCGAAUCUGGAAACCAAACCGCAAU